ACUACCUGAAGCCUAUUGCUGAAGAAGAGCGAAGAAUAGAGGCUGAAGAGAAAAAGAAACGUGAGGAACUUGAGCGGAUUGCAAAAGAGCUUGCAGAAG